AAAGAAAAUGGGAAAGGAUGAUGGCAGUUAUAAUAUAGUUCUUCUCCCUGGGAUACAGAGAGAAACAGAAGAGGAAUGCCCCGAAUCAUGGCUAGUUUUCACAGCAAAACUGCCCCAGUAUUUCAAAAAUACUACACAGAACCUUCAUGUAGGUACACAAGAAUCAACAAUGGUAGAAUUGGAAUCAAAGGUUGUGGCAGAAGUUGGAGAAUCAACAUAGAGAAAGGGAGGCUUUUCAAGGGAGAAAGAGGGUUUGUGGUGCAAUGCUGUAGCUCUUCUUCAACCCCAUCAGCUGAGGAUCAAAGGGUACUGAGGCUGGUUGGGAAGGUUGCCUUGAGCGAAAAAACGGAGUAUGGUAAGGGCCAGUUUGGCUGUUUGGUGAAUGAGUAUGGCUGGAAGGUGAGAAGGUUGGUUGAGGAGGAUGGUGAGAUGAGAAAGGUAGCUCAGGUUCAAGCUCAAGCUUUUCAUGUGCCUGUGGCCCUCUUCAAUGAUCUAUUCUUUGAGUUCUUUCAGGCUGAAGUGCCUUCUGGGCUUGUAUACAAACUUAGGAACUCUCCUCCAGACAGGUAAAAAUGGACUAUAUUUGGAAAAUAGAACAUUAUUUUGAGUUGUUAUCUUGUU